ACAAAAACUAUUUUAACAAGCUGCAAGCAUGAGCGGCAAUAUACAUGGCAUCAGCUGGUUUCCCAAUUUUCCCAAUAAAUUCGUCAGCUGGGGUCAGGAAAUCAAUCUAUACGAAGUGCGCAGCAAAAACAAGGAUGAGGCGCCUGUAACAACAACAACAACGCCGGAGCAGCCAAGCCGCCUGCCGUACAUAGCGGUAAAUUAUUUGGCUAAUGAAACGCGUUAUCAAUAUGCACGCUGCGUAGCUGCCAGCUAUAAUAGUGAGCAACCCAUUAUAGCCGUAGGUCUGGCCGAUGGCAAAAUAGGCAUUUGCAAUUUUCGCGAUAGCUACGACAGCAGCUGGGAGUACACGCCGCGUCAACAGCGCAUGAGCACCUGUUUGGCGUGGAAUGAGCAGGAUGCGCAAUUGCUGGCCAUGGGACAUGAUAAGCAUCGCAAUGAUUACUGCAUUACCAUUUGGGAUAUAGAGCAGGGUGUGCCCAAGGUAGAUGCCAACUUCUUUGGUCUUGGCGAAGCAGCGAAUUCGCUUUGCUGGGAUCAUCAUCAUCGCAUGCUCAUAGCGGGCAUGAGCCAAAAGCUUAUAAAGCUUUUUGAUUUGAGACAAAGCAACGCCAGCUGUCAGAGCAUACAAACCAAAACCGUACAAGGAUUAUCGGUGGCACCCAAUGGCAAUUAUCUCUGCAGCUAUGUGGAUUCGCUUAUUAUGCUGUGGGACUUGCGUGCACUGGAGCGUCCGCUGCGUCAAAUACAAUCCUCACGCAAUCAUUUGCAAAUUGGCUGGUGUCCCAGUCGCAGUGCCUUGCUGUCCAGCGUGCAGCGUGAAUCGCCUUAUAUAACACUCUAUGACAUACGCUGCGUGGAAACUUGUGCGAACAGUCGCGAGGUCUAUCAUGUAAAGCGUCAGAUUAGUCCCAUUCCCAGUCAGCUGCAUUUCAAUGCUGUGCAUUGCCUUGCGUGGCAUCCGCGUGAUGUGGAGCGCGCCCUGCUUGUUGCCGAUGCUGCCAACAUCUUGGACUUUCGUCUACCUGUUAGUUUGCUUACAGCUUACAACAAUCGCAGCAAGCUGCCGCUGCUGCUGCAGCGUCCACUACAAGAGACAUCGACAAACAACGCUGACAACGCUUUAAGCUUGGAUUACUUAGAGCGCGAGCUACUGGAGGAUGAUCUGCUGGAGCAGACACGUCAGCGUGCCUUGCAGAAUUAUGGACUGCAGCGUAAAGCGUCGGAGCCGCAGCCGCAACUCUCUGCAUAUUUGCGCAAUGUGUGGCACACUUUGGGCAAUGUGCAUAGCGAGGGACGUUUGCUUGGCUUGAAGAGCACGCUGGGCAUACAGCUGGGACACACCUCGGAGGCGUUAAUGGCCAGCGCGCGCAUUGAAACGCAGCUGCUGCAAUGGCCCGAUGGCAUUAACAACUCCAGCAAGCUUUUGAGCUAUCGCAGCGAACAACGCGACGUAGCGCUGCAGCUUUGUGGCUGGUGCAGUGAUGCCAACCUGGAUCGCUUUAUUGAUGAGCUCUAUGCGCGCCAGGAGUUUAGUCGCGCUGCCAUGAUAUGUGUCUUCCAUCUUAAGCUGCUUGCCGCCUGCAAUAUUCUUAGUCGUGCUGCGGAUAAAGUGCGAGAUCCUAGCAUGUAUAGAAUCACAGCCAUAGCGCUGUCCAGCUUCAAUGCGGAUCGCUGUAGCUCCGCCUGGCGGCAGCAGCGUUCCAGCGCCAAUCUGCAAAUACAGGAUGCGCAUUUGCGUGCCAUAUUCUCGUUUCUCACCAUGGAGCAGGAUAACUUUGAGCCUGUGCUAAAGGAGGAAGGCAUUUCACUGGCUGAUCGUGUCGCAUUUGCUUGUAAAUAUUUAUCGGAAUCAAAGCUAGCGGAUUAUAUAAAGCAGCAAAUACAGCGUGCUAUAGAUCGCGGCGAUCUUAAUGGUUUGCUGCUCACUGGCGAAUCCUUGGAUGGCAUUAAUAUACUACAGGCCUAUAUGGAUGCCAGCUCGGAUGUGCAAACUGUUGCACUGGUGGCCAUCAACUAUUUUCGCAAGGAACAUUUUCAGGAUAAUCGCAUACAGUACUGGAUUGCCAGCUAUUUGGAUUAUCUCAACAGCUGGGGCUUGUGGGAGAAGCGCGCUGAGCUGGACAUAAAACUGGAGCAAAUACGCGCCUCGGCGCGCAGCUCACGCACCGUCUAUCUGGCCUGCAAUUUCUGUGGCAAGUCUGUGUCCAAUGCGCUGCUGGACGAGCCGCGUCCACGCAGUACCACCACCAGCACCAAUCGCCUUAGCUCCUGCCCCAGCUGCCGCAAGCCACUGCCACGCUGUGCACUCUGUCUGAUGCAUAUGGGCACCAUGAUGCACAGCAGCAGCGAUGCCAAUGCCGCCGCACAAACAAAACCUUUUAGCAAGUGGUUCUCCUGGUGCCAGACAUGUCGACAUGGCGGUCACACCGAGCAUAUAAUGCAGUGGUUCAAACAAAAUUCCGAGUGUCCUGUCUCUUCCUGCAAUUGUCGCUGCUUUGAUUUGGAUAAUUCUCUGCGUGAUAUUUCAUAGCCAUAUAAACGCGCCUUAUACUGCAAAGUGUUCAUUGUACUUAGCUUUAGUUUAAAACAAAACACAUGACCCACAGCGCCUAGCUGCUCAAUUUGCAUUUUCUGUUGAAUAUACGUU